AUGGAGGAAGUUUUAAAUAACGGUGAAAAUGGUAACAAUGAAAAUAAUAAUCAUGAGAAUGAAGAAGGACAGAAUGGAGGAAGAGGGCCAUCGUUGAAUGAUAUGGCUGCUCCCUUCAGAAAUGGUCCAGAACGAGGCUAUGUUCCUCCUCCUCUGGAUGUCCCUAACUUUGAAAUCAAACCUGCAAUGUUCCAAAUGAUUAUGAAUGCUGGUCAAUUCCAUGGAUUGCCUAUGGAAGACCCCCACAGUCAUUUGGACAACUUUACUAAGAUAGUUGAUAAUUUCAAAGUUCAUGGUAUCUCAGAGGAAAAUAUGCGAAUGAGGUUGUUUCCAUUUUCCGUAGCAGGAAAAGCCAAAGAAUGGAGGAGAACAUUGCCCCCAAAUUCCAUUACUAGUUGGGAGCAACUAGCUGAACAGUUUGUCACCCGAUUUUUCUCCCAAGCAAAACAAGCCCAAGUGAGGGCUGAUAUAGCAUCUUUCCAAAUGUAUGAUGGAGAAAGUCUUUAUGAAGCGUGGGAGCGCUUUAAGGAAUUAAUACGAAUUUGCCCAAAUCAUGGAGUUUCUAAUUGGGGCAUUAUUCACACGUUUUAUCAUGGCUUAACCCCACCAUUGAAAGCCACUGUUGAUGCGGCUGCAGGGGAGAUCUUUUGGAUUUUACUUAUCUGGAAACCUAUCGUACAGAUGGCUUCGCUCCAGAAUACUAUAAAAAAUUGGAAGCCCAUAGAACAGAAAAAACCAACCGAGCAACUUCUCUUGACUCAAUCAAGUCAAAGUUGCUCCAUUUGUGGAGGUCCUCAUGAAUCUGAGGACUGUAACAAUUUGGCUGCUGUGUGUUAUGCAGGUGGUUACGAUAAUAAUAACAGGAGCAAUGAUAAUUAUCAAGGGAACAACAACCGGGGAUGGAAGAGUCAGAAUAAUACUGGAGGUAGUGGAGGAAACUACCAGAACCGACCUCCAUACCCCAGGCAGAACCAUCAAAACUGGGAUAAGGGUGAAGGGAAGUCCCAAUCCUUUGAGACUUUUGUCCAGGAAUACAUGAAUUAG